AUGAACCGGCUGAGGAGUCUGCUGUCAGUCUGCCUGCUGGCUUCAGGAUCGUGGUCACACACACCUGGCACUGCCAAUGUGUCCUCCACAGGAACAGGUCCGACACAAAAGGUUCCGGCUCAACUGCUCGACAUGUCAACAACAGACCAGCUUCUGGAGGUCAAGCGGACUUUCUUCCAAGCCGACGUGUUCCUCAAGGUCAACCUCACACUGGUCCUGAAGGACAACCACACAGACCCUCAGACCACCAUAGAAGACUGGUUGAAAGAACUCCUGGAGGUGAACAGCACCAUGCUGGUGUUGAAUGUGGUCUUAGUCCAGGACCACCACUGGAGCAGAUACUUCUGUGCCUUCCAUGUUCAAGACUACAGCACAAACACUGUGGAACAAAUGAUUAUGUUCAUCAACCACACUUUGAUGUCAACACAUGGAAAUGGAAAUGACUCCCUUGUCAUCCAAACCACCGAUUUGAGCAUCAAGCAAAUAAUGCCACAGAAUUGUGUGGAGGAAAUGAUGUCAACCAUCUAUGGAGAAUACGUCUGGCCUGAAACCUUCCCUCAAGUCAACCAAGUCAUGGGAUGCACGGAGCCAACUUCGGAGAAAGCCUUCCGCCUUUGUAAAUUACACAUUGAAACGGACAACACCAGCUGGUCUGAACCAGAUAUGACAAAGUGCGGCCCACUUGUGACCAUACCCGACCUCGAAAACAUCACUGUCACCACAGAUAACGUGGAUGAAGUCGCGGGCAUCAUUCAGGAUCUGGUAAGUUCUCAGCUUAGCAACGCGACGCAGAUUCCGUCUGGCGAGCUGAACACGCUGGUGGAGAAACUCAAGCAGGUGGUGGAGUUAGGUGCCGCCCAGCCAGCACUCAGCAGCAAAGUUUUACACGUCUUCUCCGACAUCUUGAUUUCUGAGACGGAUGUUGCUCCAGUGGCUGGCAGCGUCCUCUCCAUGACGGACAGGAUGGGAAACAACAUGGAUUUCCCAGGAGAGUCACUGAGUUUGACCGCUCCUUCAUUGGCUCUGUCCAUGAUCGACGUGCACCCCCACGGGUUUGGCGGCUUAACAUUCGGCGCGUCCUCCACUACAUCACUGCAGGAACCAAAUGUGUUUGUCAACCGCAGUUUUGAGGGUAAACCAAUCUCAGGUGCAAACGUGACCAUCUCUCUGCCCUCUGCUCUUCACAACUUCCUUCCACCUGGAGCCAGAAAUGCAACUCGGGUCCAGUUCCAGUUCUACGGAACGCAAGACCUCUUCCAGGACCCGCAAACCGCCAACACGUCGACACCCGGCGACUUGUCCUUGAACUCCUACGUCGUGUCCGCCAGCAUCAACGGCAGCCACGUCAACAACCUGGACCACGGCGACAGGGUGGUGGUCACGCUGCGCCAUCGACAGGACAAACGGCCGGGCGACAGGGUGAAGUGUGUCUUUUGGGAUUUCCAGGACAACGGAGGCCAGGGUGGAUGGAGCAGCGUGGGUUGUGAAACACGGAGUAUUUCUCCUUCUCAGACCAGCUGUCUUUGUGAACACCUCACACACUUCGCUGUGCUCCUGGACGUGUCCAGAGAAGCCAUCAGUGAAGCCGACAACGACAUUUUAACUGUCCUCUCCUACAUGGGUUGUGGUGUAUCCUCCAUCUUUCUGGGCAUCACACUCCUCACUUACCUCUCUUUUCAGAAGCUGCGUGGAGACUACCCAUCUAGAAUCCUCAUCAACCUGUCAGCCGCCCUGCUGGGUCUAAGUCUGAUCUUCCUGCUGGACUCGUGGUUGUCGUCCUUCUCCAACUACUUCCUGUGCAUCGUGACCGCCGCCACGCUGCACUACUUCCUGUUGGCCUCCUUCGCCUGGAUGGGCCUGGAGGCGGUGCACAUGUACUUCUCCCUGGUCAAGGUCUUCAACACCUACGUGCCCGCCUACAUCCUCAAGUUCUGCGCUGUGGGCUGGGGUGUGCCCCUGCUGGUAGUCUGCCUGGUGCUGGCCGUAGACAAAGAUGCUUACGGCAGCUCAGCAUCCUCCCAGUCUGCAGCCUUGCUUCACUCCACUCAGUCCUUCUGCUGGCUUCAGAAUGACGUCUUCUUCUACGUGACGGUGGUGGCCUUGGUGCUUCUGGUCCUCUUGUGCAACACCUGCGUGUUCCUGGUGGUCCUGGUCCAGAUCCGCCGGAUGGGCGCCAACAAGCCGAGGGCCCACAGCCGCCGCAGCGUGCAGGACUUGAAGGCGGCGGCUAGUCUCACGGUGCUGCUGGGCCUCACCUGGCUGAUGGGCUUCUUCUCCUUCGGACCCGGCAGAGUGGUGAUGAUGUACCUGUUCACCAUCUGUAACACCUUGCAAGGCUUCCUGGUCUUCUUCUUCCACUGCCUGAUGAAGGAAAACGUGCGCAAACAAUGGCGGCUCCACCUGGGCUGUGGACCUUUAAGACUCCGUCAGGUGUCAGACUGGAGCCGCUCCACCACGCCCGGCGGUCGCAAAAACCAGGUCAUGACCUCGGACUCUGUACACACCUCCUCUCUGGGGGACAUCUCCCACUCCUCCGCCGGCUCCAACAAGCACAGGAUGUACCUGGGCGAGCACAUUCUAGCAACACCCCAAAUGACAACAAGUAAAUAG